AUGGCUUCCCCGGAGAAGAAGCAGAUUUUCUUGAACGCAUUUGAUAUGUCCACUAUUGGUCAUCUCUCACCUGGUCAAUGGAAGAAUCCCGUAGAUAAAUCAGCUACAAAGCGCAAUCUUGACUAUUGGAUAGAGCUAGCCAAGCUACUAGACAGGGGAGGAUUUAAUGCAUUAUUUCUCGCUGAUACAUACGGAGGUUACGAUACCUAUGAAGGGAGCCUUGACAACUGUAUCAGACGAGCCGCUCAAUGGCCUGUCACCGAUCCUACGAUCCCAAUCGCAGCAAUGGCAGCGGUGACGAAGAAUCUGUCUUUCGCCAUUACCGCAUCAACAUCAUUUGAGCCCCCUUUUCUGCUAGCCAAACGAUUUUCUACUCUUGACCAUUUUACGGGAGGUCGUUUUGGGUGGAAUAUCGUUACCUCCUGGAAAAAAGCGGCCUUCAAAGCCAUUGGUCUUGAGAACCCUAUUGAGCACGAUGAGCGGUAUCGCCAAGCUGACGAAUAUUUGAAAGUGCUAUACAAGCUCUGGGAGGGGUCGUGGGCAGAUGAUGCCAUAUCCCCUGACCCGGCGAACGACAGCUAUGCGGAUCCGGAUAAAAUUCGCACCAUUAAUCAUAAGGGGAAAUACUUCUCUUUAAACACGCGACAUAUCGUCGAUCCGUCUCCUCAGCGGACUCCAUUUCUAUUCCAAGCCGGAACCUCAGCGGCGGGCUCCGAAUUCGCCGCGACGCACGCGGAAGCUAUCUUCGUGUCCUCGCACUCACCAAGUAUUCUCCGGCCAAAGAUAGCCAAGAUCCGGGAGCUAGCCGCGUCCAAAGGCAGGGACCCGCGCUCGCUCAAGUUCUUCGCGACAUACACGCCCAUCAUCGGGCGCACGGACGAGGAGGCGCGCGGGAAGUACGAGGAGCUGCAGAAGUACACCUCGGUGAUCGGGGGCCUCGUCCUCGUCAGCGGGUGGACCGGCAUCGACCUGUCCAAGAUCCCGCUGGACCAGGAGCUCUCGGCGGCGGACUCGCUGGAGGCGAACAAAGUGCGCAGCAUCCUGGACGCGUUCACGACGACGAGCGAGGACAUCCCGAAGUGGACGCCCCGCGUGGUCGCGCAGAAGGCGUCGAUCGGCGGCCUCGGACACAUCGCGAUUGGGAGCCCGCAGACCGUCGCUGAUGAUAUGGAGCGCUGGAUAAGGGACGGCGAUUUGGACGGGUUCAAUAUCGGCUACGUGACUACGCCCGGCACGUUCGAGGAGGUCGUCGACCUCUUGAUCCCGGAGCUGCGGCGUCGUGGGCUUUACCCUGAUCCGUUGCCGGAAGGGGAGAAGUUGACUGCGCGCGAGAGGAUAUACGGAAAGGGGCAGAAUGGGCUGAGGGAUGACCAUGUUGGGUCUACGUAUAAGUAUGACCGGUACCAAGAGGAACCGCCAUUUGUUGAGGAUGAACGUGCUCAGGGUGGAGAUGAAUAA